AUGCAUUGUUGCAGUACUGUAACAGCGAAGAAUACAGAUAAUGCAGAAGUAAGAGUGAUAUACAAUGCAGAGGAAGUUAUAUCAGGACUGCAAGCUCCUAUUGUCAAGGAUAUAGAGAGUGUAUGGCCAACAGAAACAGGUCUUGUUUGGAGUGAGUUAAGCGAAGCCAUCUUAAGCAAAGACUGGGAAAAGGCAAAAGAAGCAAAGAAACGUGUGGAAGAAAGACAAAGGGAGCUUCAAAGAGAAAGAGAAUCAAAAGGAGAAAAGUGGGUUCCUAAACACUUUAUGUAUAACAAAGAAGAGCUUUGGAACUGUUCACCAAUUGAAAACUGGGUCCCAAACGCCCCUAUCGUCACCUUGUAA